AUGAUGGAAAAUAUUACCGAAAGUUGGACCUAUUAUAUGUACGUGCUGCUGACACUGGUUCCAGUCUAUUUGGCAUUUCAAUUAAUUAAGUUUUUCGGCUGGGAAUUGUUUGUCAACAACUGACACAAACUACAUACAACAACAACAACAAUAACAAUAACAAAUACAA